GCCGCGAUUACUAGGAAAGCAUUUCAGCGUACGCGUUCUGCGGCUGUCUGCCUGCGACAGGACAGCAUAAAUGGCUGUUAGAAAGAAAAGUAGUCUGGAACGCGCGACUCCCCACAAUCCCCUACUAUAGGAAUACGUUUCACUGUCAAAAGAUAGGAAGUAUGCCAGGAUCUAUGACUUUAUCCGCCGUUCGUAGCGCCAAUGCUACAUUCACUCGGUCUAGCCCACCGGUCGCGAUGUUUGUGGGUGGAACCUCAGGAAUCGGACAAGCAAUGGCAACGGCAUUUGCUAAACUCACGAAGGGAAAUGCACAUAUCAUCAUCUGUGGGAGAAAUCGUGCGGCCGCCGAGUCCAUCAUAGCAUCAUUUCCGAAAUACACGACAGACCAGGGUAUCCAACCGCUGCACGAAUUUGUACAAUGCGACGUCACGCUCAUGAAGAAUGUGCACUCGAUGACAAGAGGCCUUUUGUCCCGACUCCCUAAGCUGAACUUUUUAGUCUUGUCCCCUGGUAUAUUGACCUUAAAGGGCAGAGACGAAACCGACGAAGGGAUAGAUAGGAAGUUGGCGUUGCACUACUAUGCACGCUGGAAGAUCACCAAUGAUUUACUUCCGCUUCUACGGAAGGCAAAGGACGUGGGAGAGGAUGCAAAGAUGAUUACAGUUUUAGGUGCCGGGUAUGGCGGGAAGGUCUAUCUCGAUGACCUAGGCCUCAAAAGUAAUUAUAGUCUGGCAAAUGCUGGCAACGUGGGGUGCUCAUACAAUGAUAUGAUGGUACAAGAAUUUGGUAUACGAGAGCCAGAUAUUGCUUUUACUCACAUAAACCCUGGAGCCGUCCGCACUUCCAUCAUGCAGGCAUCGCAUUGGCCUCUUCGGCAGCUCGCGCCGAUUUUAGCAAUCCUGAUAUAUCCUUUGUCACUCUCGCCGGAGGAUUGUGCCGAGUACAUGUUGCAUGCUCUUUUUGAAGGAAACAAAGGCGCUUUUAGAAGGGGGUCGCGAGGGGAGUUGAUCACCACAGAGAAUGCUUGGGCAAACGAGGAAACUAGGAAGAAGGUUUGGGAACAUUCCAUCGAGGUAACAAGUGUCACGGAUGUAUAAGUCUUUCGUUGUUUGUUUUAUUUCAUCUCUGGUUGAUAUUUAGUGCUUCCGUGUUACUGUCCUUCUGUAAGGACGCAAAUUACUAUCCCAGAUCAAUACGCA